AUGGCCACAUGCUGUGCCAAAUUUAUACCCAGCUUCAGUCACUUGAGUGAACCUCUUCGUAAGUUAACCGUGAAAAGUGCUCAAUUCCGUUGGACAAAAUGUGAACAAACUGCAUUUGAUAAUAUUAAAAAUGCUUUGACCAGUGAUACAGUAAUGGCUUACUUUGACCAAACAAAACCAACUGAAUUAAUCACAGAUGCAUCGCCAUGGGGGUUAUCUGCAAUACUUGCUCAAAAUUCAACACAACAUGAUGAUCGCCGAAUUAUGGCUUACGUUAGUCGGUCGUUAUCUGAGGUAGAGAGAAAAUAUUCGCACUCGCUAUUGUUUGGGUUAUGAAACGGUUGCAGAUAUAUUUACGUGGUGGUAAGUUUACUUUAUACACCGAUCGAUUGCAAGCCCAUUGAACUAAUCCUAGGAAACCCGAAGUCCAAACCCCCUGCACGCAUAUAGAACGCUCGAACUUAAGAAUUCAGGACUUUAAUUUUGAUAUAAUGUACACUAAAGGCAGUGAUAAUCCCUCCGAUUUUUUAUCCCGCCACCCCUGUCAAGAAACAGACAACAAACAUGAAAUAUCAGCAGAACAAUAUGUAAAUUUCCUCACCAUGCAUGCAGUUCCAAAAGCGAUGAGUAUAUACAGGAAAUACAAGAAGCUACUACACACGAUAAAACUUUUCAAUGGCUUACUGAAAUUAUUCGCGAGCAAGCAUGGGGCUCCAUAAAAGACUUGCCAACAACUGGAGAAGACGUAAGUGAAUUGAAACUGUUUGUAAAGGUAAGAGAUGAACUAACAAUUAAUGAACAGUUGGGUAUUAUUCUGAGAGGAACUCGUAUUAUUAUGCCUUGUUCACUUCGCAAAAGAGCUAUACGACUUACGCAUGAAGGCCAUCAAGGGUUGGCAAAAACAAAACAACUGAUUCGUGAAAAAAUUUAGUUUCCUAGAAUAGAAAAAAAUGUUGAAACAUUGAUUCGUGGUUGCAUACCUUGUCAGGCCAAUGGCGCAGCAAAUCACCGUGCUCCGUUAAAGAUGACCGAGUUACGAUGAAAAGGGUAAAAGAAACAUGAAAAUAAAUGCAGACAAGUUAGCCAAUGCCAAAGAAGUUGACAUUAAGGUUGGUGAUACAGUAUUGGUUCGUCAGAAAAAAAAAGAAUAAAUGGUCAACACGGUUUGAUCCUAAACCACAUUGUGUAACGCGAGUGAAAGGGACAAUGAUAACAGCUACUCGUCCACGACAUUAUAUCACAAGAAACAUUUCAUUUUUUCAAGAAAGUGCUACAACAAGAGAUUCAACACAACUCUGAGGAUGCAAGCGAUGAGGAAGAUUACAGUAAACUUAGUAAUAACCUCCCUGACACAAACAUUGAGGUGAACAAUGAACUUGCUGAGAGACGGUAUCCUGCAAGGGACAGGAAUAAUAAACAAGGAUAUAUUUAUAUUUUGUAA